UGCGGCAGAGUUGCCAGACUUUGCAGAACCAGGAACACGUCGAGGAGGAAUUGCGAUUCGCCAAGUGAUAAAAGCGAAUAUAAGACAGUGAAAAGUGCUUACCCUCGGUGGACGAUAUCGAGGGAUAUUGGCAACUCUGAGCAAAAGAAUCACGGCUGCAGAAAAGGGAAAACUCCGCGGGUAAAUUGCCUGUUGUCGCGCCCGACUGGCAACCCUCGCCGCUUUCCCGCCUUUUUCUAUGGCGAGACAUAUAGUAAAAAUUUAGUUAAAAAGUUGCAUGUCCGUGAGGAGCGAACAAGGAAUCGUAACGCUCGCCCACAGUUCGUCUAAAAGUCAGCCCAAAGUCCUGCGUGAGCACAAACCCCAGCAGUCCAUUCCGGUUUGCAACCCCCCUCCGCCCACAGCCACGCCUCCCGUUUCCAGGCUGCUGACGGAAGCAGCCGGAAAAUCAGGAUUAUUCCCCGGACAAACGCUACGUCCGCAGGAUGAGCGAGUCGGAGCCGCAGGAGCUGGGCGCCGAGGUGGUCAGCGGAUCUGUGGCAACCAGCGACGAUAGCCAGGAGUUAACUAAGGCCAAGUUCACAAGUCUGUGUCAAAAAGUGAACAUGGAUCACCAAACGGAGAUUCAGGCCUACAAGAUGUACCUUGAAGUGUCCCAGAGGUGCUCCUUAGAGGGCGAUGCCAACCACUGGCUGUGCUGCGCCCUGUAUGCUGCCUGCCGAAGAUCCAGCACCCCUACAGUGGGUGGUCAUGAUGCGGUGGUCAGGGGCAACUGUGUGUCCUUGAACAAUCUUCUGCGUUGUUGCCAAAUGGGCAUCUACGACUUCAAGACCAAGAUCAAGCUGUGGUGCGACAUGGCCAACCUGCCGCAGGAGUUCGUCAACGAGAUCGAGGUUCUGGAUCGCAAGUUCAGCAUCACAUUCACGCUGUACAAGCGCUACCGCACCAUUUUCGACAUGAUAUUUUCGUGUCCGCCCAACGAGAAGAAGCACUCCAAGUACAUCUCCCUCCAUGGCAACCAUGCCCACGGCAAGUGCUCCUACAUCAAGCUGGACGACAUCUGCUGGCGUUUGUUCCUCUGCGCCAAGAACCAGAAGCCCAGUAACACUGUGGACCUGGUCACCUCCUUCAACCUGAUGAUCUGCUGCAUUGAUUUGAUUUACAACAAUGUGCUAGCCGAAAAGCGCACCGAUCUCAUCAACCCUAAGUUCGAGGGCCUGCCAAGCAACUGGACGGAGCUGGACUUCUGCCAGAAGCAGCACUGUAUUCUGGUCUACUUCUGCGACAUGACCGAGGAGGCCGAGGCCAUGAAGGCCACCACCUUUCGCGAGAUCAUGACGAGCUUCUUUCAGACUUCGACCAUCUAUGGCGACAAGGCAACAAUGCUGGGUCUGCUGGCCAACGAGAACUUCGAGCGCAACCUCAAGUCGCUCAACAUUAGCUACGAGCAGUAUGUCCUGAGUGUGGGCGAGUUUGAUGAGCGCAUCCUGAGUGCCUACGAUGCCGGCGACCACACUGGCCUUAAUGACCAGGCCUUGCGUCCGCCGGUCACUCCACUCACUCGCAAGCAGGACCUUCCCGCCCAGCCGGCGAUGGCCGGCGACAAAUUCGAGCCCGUCCGCAAUGCCACCAACAACGUAAAGCAGUUGUCCGCUAUCGGACGGAUCACCGAGCCCACCGACUUCGUCAAGAAAGCAGGGGAAGAGGUGAUCGCCAAGCUGCUAAAUAUCAUCGAGGAGAUUAAGCAGAAAUUCCUCGCCAAGUAUCCGUCUCCGGAGGCGAGGAGUCGCUUCCGACUAGCCAAGUCCUUUUACUUCUACCUGCUCGACAAGAUCCUGCAGGCGGAAAUCAGCAACAAGCCCGACUUUGAUCUCAAGCGACUGCUGGUGCAGAAGAUUUCACUGGUCAUAUUUAACAUCACGUUGAUGGCCUGCUGCGUGGAGCUGGUGCUGGAAGCUUACAAGACAGAGCUGAAGUUUCCGUGGGUGCUCGACUGUUUCAGUAUUAGUCCGUUCGAGUUUCAGAAGAUCAUCGAGAUCGUUGUGCGUCACGGCUCGCACGAUGGCUGCCUGAACCGCUCGUUGAUCAAGCACCUCAACACAAUCGAGGAGACGUGUCUGGAGCGGCUGGCCUGGGCGCGGGACUCGCCCGUCUGGUCCAUGAUCGCCUCUACCCAAACGCCGCUGCCCACUUCAUUCGAGGUGAGCGGCGACCGCACUGCCGGAGCCCUGCAGAUCUUCCUACGCAAGGUGUACCUUCUCGGUUGGCUACGCAUCCAAAAGCUUUGUUCGGAACUUAAACUCUACGACAAGACGCCCGAGUGCAUCUGGCACAUCUUCGAGCACUCGAUCACCCACGAAACGGAGUUAAUGAAGGACCGCCACCUCGAUCAAAUUAUCAUGUGUGCAAUAUAUAUCUACAUUAGAGUAAAGCGAAUGGAGGACCCCAAGUUUAUUGACAUUAUGCGGGCGUACCGGAAUCAGCCACAGGCAGUAAACAGAAUCUACCGCGAGGUGUUUAUUGGGAUGAAUGAUGACGGCGAGCCAAAGGUGAAAGACAUCAUCCACUUCUACAAUAACAAGUAUGUGCCGUUGAACCGGCAGUUCGCCAUCGAUUACCUUAACGUACCGCCGGACGUGAGUGGCCGCGCCUCGGACCUUCUCCUCUCCCCGCAUCCGAAGGAACGGGCCGCCCAGCCCAAAAAGGUCACCCAAAACCACUCGCUCUAUGUGUCGCAAAUGCCGAAGAACGAGAUCCAGCAGUCGCCCAACCAGAUGGUCUACAUGUUCUGCCACAGCCCCGCAAAGGACCUGCAGCGGAUGAACGAAAAAGUACGCGGUGGCAAGCGCAUGUUGAGCUUCGAGGACGAGUCCCGCUCGGGUGGCGUCACAGAAACGAAGCGCCUUAUCCGGGACCUUCCGCCCCACCCCAUUCAGAUCGAGGCAGUGAUGGUCGACCGGGAACUGCAAUCCGCCGAGCAGCGGAACACCCUGCCGGCUGAGGGGUGCGACCGGGAAACAGGAGGAGGAGGAGAACACGAGACAUAGACACGGGGCUUCUGGGGGCAGCUUAGACUUAAGGUUAUUACAAAACGAAAAAAAAAAAAGAAAAUCGGCGCCGGCGGCCGCUUUCUCUUUUUACGCCGUUUUCUUCGGCGCGCGCUCGACUAUUUUAUGAUUGUUUUUUUUAUUAAACCCUUUUAGUUUGACAUUUUAAUUUAAAAGUAACCACAAUAUUUGUACGCAUCUCUUUUGUAGUUUUUUUAACGUCAGACAACCAUAUAAUUCAUAUGCUUACCAUACAAUAUACACAUACAACACCACAAUCCUUGCAAGGAAUUUUAGAAAAUACCUGUACCCCACACACAUCCAUAGGUCGCAAGCUACUUUCCGUUCUCCCGACCCACAUUAAGGCUUCGGGGGGAAUUGGGAUUCAGAUGCACUGCGAUCACAAACAAAUCAAAUUAAGGCAACCCCAUAUUAUGUAUUCACACAUAUAAACAAAUACACCCUAAAAAUGUA